GGUGCGGGCGGUGGGAGCGCCCGGGGGGCUGUUCCCACAGGAUGCUGUCACGGGGCCGGCGGCUCCUGCGCUCCUGGAAAUCCCUGUUCACGGGGAGGCUCCUGCUCCUCACCAACACCCUGAGCUGUGGGGGCCUCCUGGCAGCUGGAGAUUCCCUGCAGCAGGAAUGGCACCGCCGGAGGCACCCGGAGAGCCAACACCAGCUGGGCCGAACUGGUCGGAUGUUUGCCGUUGGCUGCAGCAUGGGCCCCUUGAUGCACUACUGGUACCUCUGGCUGGACUCGGCGUUCCCGGCCCGGGGCGUGCGGAGCCUCCGGACGGUCCUGAAGAAAGUCCUCAUCGACCAGCUCGUGGCAUCGCCCGGCCUGGGCGCCUGGUACUUCCUGGGCAUCGGCACCCUGGAAGGUCAGUCUCUGGAGGAGAGCUGGGAUGAGCUCAAGGAGAAAUUCUGGGAGCUUUACAAGGCCGACUGGUGCGUGUGGCCGGCGGCUCAGCUCCUCAACUUCCUCUUCGUCCCUCCCACCUACCGGGUGGUUUAUGUCAACGUGGUCACCCUGGGCUGGGACACCUACCUGUCCUACCUCAAAUACAGGCCUAGAGCCACCCCAGGCCCCAAGCAGGACUCUCCUCGGGAGGAGCAGCAGCGCAGUGCCAGGGCGUAGAGAGGUGGAUGUGGCGCUUCCAGAGGCUCCUGCCUGCAGCAAAUGGCAUUUUUUGGGGGGCACUGUGGCCCCUGGGGAUUGAUCAACCCAAGGGGAGCGAUGGCUGGAGACCACCAAGGCCAGACACCCCCCCCCAGCCACGUGCCUCUUGCUGAUUAACUCAUCUGCUAAUUAAGAUGGGUUGGGGUUGUGUUGGUAACAAUCUCCUGUUGCAGGAUGACCUGUAAAGUGAUUUCUUCUGGGAUUUACCCCUGGAGCCGGGGUGAGGAGCUGCUGUAGCCCCUGGGAAGGGCUCUGGUGCUUUCCCUGGCUGCUCCAGGCUGGAUUUGUUCCCUCUCUCCAGAGCAAACUUGCUCCUUUCCAACCUUCUCAGAUCCACUCCAGCCACUCAGAUCCUCACUAAUUCAUCAGGAAAGAAUUCUUCCCUGGGAGGGUGGGGAGGCCCUGGCACAGGGUGCCCAGGGAAGCUGUGGCUGCCCCUGGAUCCCUGGAAUUGUCCAAGGCCAGGUUGGAACAACCUGGGCUAGUGGAAGGUGUCCUUGCCCAUGGCAGGGGGUGGCACUGGAUGAGCUUUGUCCUUCCACUCCGAGGCAUUCCAUGAUUCAUUUCGCCUGCUUGGCAGAGGGAGGAUGCCCCUCUGCAGCUCCUCGUUCCUUCCCCUCCUGCUUUUUGUCUUGCAGCUCAAGGAUGGAAUCACUCCACUCCCCCACCCUCUGCUCCUGUUCCCCCCAUUCCCCCCUUUCCCACCCCCCUGGCUGUGGGGGCUGGAGCCUCCCAGCUGGGAUAUAAAUAGGGGUGUGAUCACACCAGUCUGCUCUGCCGAGCCUGGGAGGGGGGGGUUGGAGGCAAAUUUUGGCAGGAUUUGGACCAUCCCAUCCCUCUUCUCCCAGCCCUGGGCGAGCUGGACACUCCCUGCAUCACCCAGGAGCUGAAUUAUUUCCAGUAUCAAUGAAAACUGCCUAAAUGUGAUUUUUUUUUUCUUUUCUUAGUUUUCAAGCUGUGCCUUAAGGCUCUACUCUCGUGCCUCCUGGUGUCACACCCCUGGAGGGACACAAUCCCUCCUUCCACAGCAGCAGGAGCCAGCUGGGGAAUGAUAAUUAAAAAAAAAACCCCAAAACCAACAAAACCCAGAUAAUUUUGGCUUUUCUCUGGCAACUCAGGGACACCACAGAGCAGAGGGUGCACCCCACUGUCCCCACAAUGACCCCGAGGGACCUGUGUGAUCAGCAUCGAUUUAUUUCUUCACAACAUUUCUUUUUAAUACAGUGAUUUUUAGGAAA